ACUCUCUUUUGCUUCCCGUUUUCUCGUGGCUCAGUCUUACAGAAAACGUGCAUCAGCUGUUCCUCAAAGUUGCGGCGUAUUUAUUUGCCAGACAGGACAGCGGAGAACUAAUCUUGUAGAAGCAUUCGUUGGAAGAGGGUCACGAAGUCAACAGCAAGAUGGCAGCAUCUACAUUACGCAUUGCUCUCAUCCAGAUGAGAGUAGGGGAGGUGAAGGCUGAAAAUGUGGCUAGAGCAGUGCAGCUGAUAAAGGAAGCUGCUGGUGGAGGUGCUCAACUGAUUGCCCUUCCUGAGUGUUUCAAUUCACCCUAUGGCACAAGCUUUUUUCCAAAGUAUGCUGAGGAAAUCCCUGGAGAGAGUACAGAUGCUCUGAGAGAUGCAGCCAAGAAAUUUGGUGUAUUUGUACUCGGAGGGUCAGUACCAGAGAGGAGUGGUGACCAGCUCUUCAACACAUGUACUGUGUGGGGACCACAAGGCAAUAUGAUAGCAAAGCAUAGAAAGAUGCAUCUCUUUGACAUCAAUGUUCCCGGUGGCAUUGUCUUCCGAGAGUCUGAUUGUUUAUCUCCCGGCAAUGGUCUUACCAUUUUUGAGCUGCCUCAUUGUAAAAUUGGGGUGGGCAUAUGUUAUGACAUGAGAUUUGCUGAACUAGCACAACUGUACACCAAUUUGGGUUGCAAGGUGCUGCUUUACCCUGGGGCCUUCAAUAUGACCACAGGCCCAGCUCAUUGGAAUCUGCUGCAGCGGUGCCGUGCUGUCGAUAAUCAGGUGUAUGUAGGGACCAUUUCACCUGCUAGGGAUCCCAAUGGUUCAUAUGUUGCAUGGGGCCACUCUUCUGUGGUGAGUCCUUGGGGAGAAGUGGUGUCCACAUGUGAGGAUGAGGAAGCCAUUGUAUAUGCUGAUCUGGGAAACUGAAGUUACUUUCUGCAUGGGGCCUGACAAUCUACCAGUGGCUUCAUCCUUGUUCUUGGAAGACAGUCACCCAGUGUUUCAAGUUUAGUGGUAUGUCUCUCUGCAGCAGUGCAUAUUGAAUUCUAGGACAACUUUAGAUAGGCACUGGCCCUGUGUAAAGCACUUAAAUUAAGAAUUGUUUCUUCCACUUAAGGUUGAAGAUAGCAAUCAUAUUUUGUUAGAAUUUAUCUACUUUUGGCUGGAUUUUAGGGGGGCAGACUGCAAUAUGUUGACUGGACAGGCACCCCUGACUUGAACUGUUAAUAUGUAGUUAGAAAACACAGAAGGAUCGAGUAGAACAAUAAAAGAAAGCAGAUGGAAGAUUAUGCAGAUGGAAAACAAAUGGGAAAUAAAUAACAAGGAAAGUGAUGUAGGUAUUAGUGUUUGUACUUGGAAUGUUUACAAUGCAUGUAAAGAGUGUGCCUGGAAGAGUAAGUAGUGUUGUUACUUAAGUCAGUUUGUGGACAAUGCAAAAAUUAAUGUAGAUAAUAUGCCACAAAAAAUAAAUAAAUAAAUAAAAGUGAACAAAAAGUCUAGGAAUAAAGAUAUAAGACAACAUUUUAUCAAGAAUAGUAAAAAUGACAAUUGAUCAGUUUGAGUUAUAUUUAGCAUUGUUUGCUGUAUAAAGCUGUAAAUUACUUUCAUAAGGAAUCAUUGUAUUGUGCAUUGUGAAUAGACAUCUUAAUGAGGAAAAGUAUGAAAAGAAAUUAAUCUGUGAUAACGUACCCUGUCACUCCUCUGAUACAGUUUUAGUUAAUCUGUCAUCAGAAACUUGCAUUGACUACAUUUCAGUAGUUUUAGUUGCCAUAUGUUUAAGGAACUGCUGUUGGCUAAGGGAGCAUUAUCUAUGUAAUAUUAGGUGUAAAGAAGUGUGUAGGUAAGAUGAGUGUAAAGCCGUGUCCACACUAUCGAGCAUGCUCGACGAGCAAACAGUGAUACCAGAUCCCGUUCCAAUACAUAAGCAAGGAGGGUGAGUGGCAGGCACAAAGGUGAUGUCAGAAGCGAGGAGACUGCGGGCAAACGAGUGGGCAGCUGUCUGUGAGUGAAUUUGCACAUAUGCUCUGCCUCAAAUGGGUAUCUUGUUUUGUUAUGUAUGGUUUCACUUUUACUAGGAGUGUGUAGAAACUAUUUACAUCCAUUCUUAUAUACAGGAUAAAACCAUCUUCAGGCUUGUAAUGGAGUUUGUGAUAUAUAAUUGCAUGACUUCCCAACUCUUCUCUUCUCAACCAGUCCUUGCACCACACACGCCUCUGAGCUCUGGCUUGUUUUUGCUUUUUUCAUACACACGCCAAGAAUUAUCCCACAGAAGGCUAUUUCCUUCCUCUCGAUGAUGUUCGGCUUGGUGAGACAGGUCCUGCACCCCACUCUUCAGCAGGGUCAGAAUGAAACUGAUCCAUGAAGCUGUAUUUGACACCACUCAUCAGUUUACAACUUUGCCCUCCAGUCUUUGCCCGGUGAAGGAGUAGAUAUUGUGGGCUAAACUACAUCUGGUAGCACUUUUUGUUGCCAGAUCCCUGCCUGUGGUUUUCCCACUUCUGACGUCAUCAACCCUCAUUCUCACUACCUAUAAUGAUCUGGUAUCACUGUUUGCCCGUCGAGCAUGCUCGAUAGUGUGGACACGGUUUUAGAUGGAAAGAUUGAGGCUGCUGGAUACUGCUACUUUCACCUUUUGCUCCAUUUGGUGCAUACUGCAGCUAGAAUUCUUAUAUUUGUCACUAUCCCUCCCAUCACCUCUGUCUGCACUAAUGGAGUCAUCUCACAGGUAUGUAUCAUUCACAGAUACAUCACUUAGGACCAAAAUUUCUAAAAUUAGGGAAUACAGUAACAUUACAGGAAGUGGUGGCUGGAUUGUGCUCAUCAAAUUUGUGGCUGUCCAGUAGAAAACCAUGAUGUUGUGAUAGUUUACCAGAAUUAGAGAUAGAUAGUAGUAGAUAAGCAUAGCCAAGUACAAAUGUCUAGGCUUUCUGUGUUUUAAAUGCAUGUGUCUUUCAUGAGAACCUUUUGAUGCAUGUACGUAUGGCAAAUCCUCAAAUUUGGUGUGUAAUAGUGCCAAAACAGUCUCGCCCAAACCAAGGGAUUCAUUUCAUGUUAUGAAUAGCAUUCCCCUUUGUAGUUAAUGGUAACCAAUGAUCAUUUUCUGACAUGUUAGGAGACGAGCUUGGCUAAUGCCAUAAUCAUAGUUGUACUUUAUGUAGACCAAACUAGAAUCCAAACCUAGAAGGGAAAGACUUUCAUCUUUAUCUUUCUUAACAAUUGCCUUAUGCCUGCAAUACUGUCUCCUUCAUUUUAUUUAUCAGUGCCUGCAAAAUCAAAUUCCUGUAGUGCACUAGGUAAAUCAGUAGCACCUUUUAACAUAUCUUUGUUGUAAUACAUUCUUACCUAAAAAAUAAAAAAAAUAAAAAAUGAUUCAAAAGAUAAUAUUCUUCAGUGAUCUUGAGUGAAUCACAGUGAUACUAAAACACUGUUCCACCAUCUCAAGUAGUGUGUCCUCAUUUCAUAGUUGUGUUCAAGGCCACACUGAAAUAGGCACAUAGUAAUAACAUGUGUUGUGAGUAUGAAGAGUGGUCCUGUUGUGGUGUUGCACUGUAGCCACUAGACAUGGCAGUUUGCAAGAAAAUUUUUUCAUUUGCUGCAUACAAGUCAUAUCUAGUAACCAAUAAAGAUUUGCAGGUUAUG